AUCAAUGGCCUCUCAAGAUGACAUGAAAAAAAUCAAGAUUGAACCUAGCUCCCCCUCCAAGGGCGUCACGAUUGUGAUAUCGUCGGAUCCCCCUACACCUAGCCACAUCGACUGUUCUCAAGAGACUGAGAAGACCAUAAAGAAGGAACAUGAUUAUGAGAUCUUUCGAUCAAACACUCCUGGCGACUUUGAGGACAAGGAUCGAGCCCACGCUGACGCCUUAGAGCGUUUUUUAGUCCAUUGCAAUGUGCCACUGAACGACGAGACCACCAGAAUGAUUCUCGACCGAGCCAACGUCAAAUCAUGGACCGAUUUGAUCCCUAGCCACCAGUUCACUGAAUCCUCACUUACCACGCGCGGCAUGCACCCUGCUCUGGCUUCCCAUCUUGUCAGCGAAGCCAUGGAUCGCGUCAAUGAUCUCAAACAAGAAAACGACAAGCUUCAAGAUGUGGAUUCUGUGGAAUCGAAUGAGUCUAGCCCUCCCCCUCCAUCCCCCGAAUUCUGAAAGGUCUAUACAGGAUUAUUAAUCAAUUUAUAAUCAAAGGUUCUUAACUUGCGUCUUUAAAAUCAAUUUCUUGUCUUUUCGCGGCUGCCUUAUAUCGAUCUCGCAGAGAUUGAAAUAAGGGAUUCCUCUUUGGUUGUGCUUUGUAUUUUAUGAGCUUGCAACCCAAUUAGGCGGUUUGAUUUCUUCUUUAUGUGUUUGAUGUUUUUCGUCCUGCUUCCUAUUUGUAGGAUCUUGCCAAAAAACAAAGUGUUUGUGUCUUUUGUGUGCGUUUGAGUCUUUUGUGUGCGUUUCAGUAUAUUGUGUGCGUUUGAGUCUUGUGUGCAUUUGUGUCUUUUGUGUGCGUUUGAGUCUUUUGUGUGCGUUUCAGUAUAUUGUGUGCGUUUGAGUCUUGUGUGCAUUUGAGUCUUUUCUGUGUGUUUGAGUCUUUUGUGUGCGUCUAUUGUGUGCGUCUAUUGUGUGCUCCUCCCUAUGGUGGGGUUUUGAUUCACUUUUGUGCUGCAUGCACCCUUAUUGUAGGAACUUGCCAAGCAAUCAAAAGAAAUCUUUUUACUCGCC